CUGUGGUCGGUGCUUGAUGCAAGAUCCAAGGCGAAUUGCGAAGGCGGCUGGAAAACGUUAUCAUACACCUUUCUUCGAAAUGCUGCCAAGUCCUUGGGUCGCUCAGCCUGCUUCGACAAGUAAGGAUAGCUCUUCCACACCGCAGGGGAAUAAAAGGACGUCAAGGACGCUCUCGAUUUGACAUCCAUCAAGCACACCAAUCCGAGAUAUAUCAUCCUCAUCAGUCACACUUCAUCCAAACAAAAGGUUGACAUCAGCACCAACCACACGUCCAUUCAUCAUGGCACCUGGGUCCAUCGCGUCUCAUAACCAAAGUGAGCGGCUCCUCGCACCCAAGCCCAUGAAUGAACAGUAUUCUGAGCCCCUCUCAUCCACCUCCUCUGGAGCCAUCAGAGCCCUUUCCAUCCUACGCAUUGCAGUCGGUGCGGGUUGCCUCAUUGCACCACGUUGGACCUGCGCACUUUUCCAAUUCCCAAUUGCUGCAUCCGUCUCGGUGAUGCCACGUCUCUUCGGCGGCCGCGAUCUUGUCCUUGGAGAGCUCCUAAUGACGGCCGAAGAUGAGAAUGCUCAUGAUGGAGGGAGGAGAGAGAUCAAGAGGGCUCUUUGGGCAGGUAUUGGAACAGAUGCGAUCGAUAUAGGUGCCAUUGCAUUUGGAGUUGCCACGGGAACAGUGGGAAAGUUGCCAGGGGCAAUUUUUGCUGGAGGUGCGGUCGCAUUCAUUGGCCUGGGUGCUUUGGGUAUGAGAGGGCUGUGAGACGGAAAUGGUAUGAAUGACAAUGAAGGCGUGUGAACAACAUGCUACUUAUUG